AUGGCCAGAGAGGAGUGCAAGGCGCUGCUGGACGCGCUCAACAAGACCACAGCGUGCUACCAUCACUUAGUGCUUACUGUGGGCGGCUCCGCGGACACGCAGGACCUGCGCGAAGAGCUGCAGAAGACCCGCCAGAAGGCGCGGGAGCUGGCCAUGGCCACCGGCGCUCGGUUGACCGUCGCGCUCCGCGACCGGAGCUUAGCUACGGAGGAGCGCGCGGAGUUUGAGCGGCUCUGGGUGGCCUUUUCGGGCUGCCUGGACCUGCUCGAAGCCGACAUGCAGCGCGCACUGGCGCUGGGAGCCGCCUUCCCGCUGCACGCGCCGCGCCGGCCACUUGUUCGCACUGGGGUGGCCGGCGGCUCCUCUGCGGUAGCCGCGCGAGCCCUGAGCGCCCGCAGCCUGCGGCACGAAGCCGAGAGCGACUUCGAUGUCUCUGAUCUGCCCCAGUUGGAGCGCGAAGUCCUCCAGGUGGGCGAGAUGAUCGACGACAUGGAAAUGAAAGUCAACGUGCCCCGCUGGACUGUACAGGCGCGACAGGCGGCGGGCGCCGAACUCCUGUCCGGUGCCAGUGCCGGCGCGUCCUCCGCUGGUGGCAUUUCUGUAGAGGAGCGCACGGGACCCUGCGACCCGAGCAAGGCCCUGGCUGCCACGGUUUUCAGCGCUGUACUGUUGGUGGCUGUGGCCCUCGCCUUAUGUGUGGCAAAGCUGAGCUGA